AUGACUGACCCGUUAAUCGUGAACGCAAUCAUAAACGAGUUGUUAGACACUGCCAUCGCGGAUGCCAUCAUGGCGGAGUCGUUCACGACUCUUGAUGCCCUCCAGACCGAGCCUGCGACCGUAACUGCUGCACCUGUGCCCGAGACCAUCCCGCCCUCGCUCGAAGCCCUCACCUCUUUCAAGUGGGAUAAUAAAGCUGCUGCACAAAAGGCGCGUUUCGAUGCCUGUGAGGCCGCUGGCUUCGCAGCUACCGAAGCCGACGGGAGUCUGCGUUUGGAGGAUUCAGGCGACAGUCGUGCGAUGUUAUAA